AUGACCAAGAUUGUGAAGAGUACUGCAUUUGGAUAUUUUACCCCUGGAGUCUGUUCCAAUAUGGCAAAGGCAUUUGUAUUGUUAUUGCAUAUUGAUGAAUUCAAUAGAGGUUACAUGCAGCUUUACUUUGUUUUCAGUUUUUUGGGAGGUACAACAAUAGGCUUUGGAACUUUUUGGUUUGGAGCCAUGUUAACAAGACAAAGGAUCGAUCUCUACAUCGGUUGCCUCCUUCAUUCUUACGCCUUUAUGUACCUGUGGUUUGUCACUGCUUCUGACAUCUUUGGCGGCCACACAACCCGUUUGAUGAUAAAGGUACUCGCUGUGCUUGCAUUGUACAUGGGGUACUUUGUGAUAUAUAGCCAAGAGAUACUGUACAAUGCUCGCUAUGGAGAUGUUAACUUUGUCAACUGCACGUUCACCGUCUUCUUCCAUUUACCAGCUAUAGUGGUCCAUGCUGCUAGAGUAUAUCUGGUUGCAGAAAUUGAGCACUACAGACAGAAUUAA